AGAAGCAGAACAGUAGCCGAUACGACCAAGCCGCGGAAAAACGAACAAAAAGGCGGAGGAAAAACCGAGCAUAUCGCCGGUCAUUCGCAGACACACAGAUCCGCCUGAAAUUGAACCGUACCCGCCGCCUCCGCGUCGCUUCCACUCGCAGGCCAAGCAAAGCAAGCCCUCCUCGGGCGUCGGCGUUGUAGCUGAUGGCCCGCAGGUCGCCGGAGUUGUCGGCCGCGGCGGCGGUUCUGCUCGUGGUGGCGGCGCUCGCGGGCGUGGCGGCCGGCGGCGACAUCGUCCACCAGGACGACGAGGCUCCGAAGAUCCCCGGCUGCUCCAACGACUUCGUGCUGGUAAAAGUGCAGACCUGGGUCAACAAAAGAGAGAGCGAUGAAUUUGUUGGUGUUGGUGCUCGGUUUGGCCCUACGAUAGAGUCAAAGGAAAAGCAUGCCAACCGAACAAGACUGUUGCUAGCAGACCCUCCUGAUUGCUGUACCCUUCCCAGAGAGAAGGUUGAUGGAGAUGUUUUGUUAGUGGAGAGGGGAAACUGUAAGUUCACCACAAAAGCUAAGGUUGCUGAAUCUGCUGGUGCUUCUGCCAUUAUAAUCAUCAAUGAUAAACAUGAGUUAUACAAGAUGGUGUGUGAGAGCAAUGAAACAGAUCUAGAUAUUAAUAUACCCGCAGUUCUUCUGCCAAAAGAUGCAGGCUCCGCUUUACAAGGGCUUCUCUCAUCUGGUCAAGUUUCAGUGCAGCUAUAUUCUCCAGAUCGUCCUCUGGUUGAUACAGCAGAGGUGUUUCUAUGGCUUAUGGCAGUUGGUACCAUUCUUUGUGCAUCAUACUGGUCAGCAUGGAGUGCUCGAGAAGCAGAUAUUGAACAAGAGAAGCUCCUGAAGGAUGGCCGUGAAAUUCCAGCAAACUUUGAGGCUGAAGGUUCUAAUGGUAUGGUAGAUAUCAACAUGGCAUCAGCAAUACUAUUUGUUGUGAUCGCGUCAUGCUUCUUGAUAACGCUCUACAAGCUGAUGUCUCACUGGUUUGUGGAGCUUCUGGUGGUUAUAUUUUGCAUAGGAGGUGUAGAGGGUCUGCAAACAUGCUUGGUGGCCUUAUUGUCAAGAUGGUUUAAACCUGCUGCGGAAUCAUUUGUGAAAGUGCCAUUUUUCGGAGCUGUUUCAUACCUCACAUUGGCAGUUUGCCCAUUUUGCAUUGUAUUUGCUGUUCUGUGGGGUGUCUAUCGUCGGUUGCCCUAUGCUUGGAUUGGCCAAGAUAUUCUUGGUAUUACAUUGAUUGUUACUGUCAUCCAAAUUGUUAGGAUACCAAACCUCAAGGUGGGUUCUGUCCUCCUGAGCUGUGCCUUCUUGUAUGACAUCUUCUGGGUUUUUAUCUCCAAGAUGUUGUUCCAUGAGAGUGUGAUGAUUGUGGUUGCACGUGGUGAUAAGACUGACGAAGAUGGUGUGCCCAUGCUUUUAAAGAUCCCACGGAUGUUUGAUCCAUGGGGUGGAUACAGCAUCAUAGGCUUUGGUGAUAUCCUUCUUCCUGGGCUGUUAAUUGCUUUUGCGUUAAGGUAUGACUGGGCUGCCAAGAAGACCUUGCAAUCUGGCUACUUUUUGUGGUCGAUGGUGGCCUAUGGUUCUGGUCUCCUAAUUACAUAUGUUGCCUUGAAUCUUAUGGAUGGCCAUGGCCAGCCAGCUCUUCUUUACAUAGUGCCUUUCACGAUUGGUACCUUCUUAGCUCUCGGCAGGAAAAGAGGUGAACUCAGAAACCUCUGGGCAAGAGGACAGCCAGAGAGGGUCUGUACGCAUACACAUCCAUCCCCGAAGAACUCCAGUGUUCCAGUAAGCACGUAAUCAUAAAUAAAGGCUAACCUGAUGGGCCUGGGCCUGGAGAAUGUUGCUGGUAACCCUUAUGUAUUCCCUGUUGUAAAGUGGUUCCCUAAUGUACCCUUAGUAAGUUAGCAGGCUCCGAUAUUGUAAUCCCUGUUGUAAAGUGGUUCCCUAAUGUCAGUCAAAAAGUAGCAAUCCAUUGUAUAGGAGGGCUGAGAUACGUAACUCUGUCACUAUAUAAAGAUGCGGGAAGUGUAGGAUUUUAGCUCGGUAUUUCCCAGAACUCUUCUACGAGUAGUAUAUACAUGUCUUUGCAAUUUCGAAAUAUACUGGGUAUGUUGACAUACU